UCUGCUCUUUGUACAUGGCACAAAGACCGAGAAAGCAUUCCAGAUGUUUCAGGAUCGGUUGCAGCUACAGCCAUCGCAAAGUGGAGAACUGGAACUCCGUAUUAUGGGCCUGAAAUCAAGGGAUGUGGGACGAUAUGAAGUCAAAGACAAGGAAGAAGGCCUCGUCUCUGUCAUAUGGCUUUCUGAGACUGAUGACAAGACUGGACCCAUUGCCACUGGUUGUGUGAUCAGUAUAUUGAUUGUUUUAAUGAUCACCUGUUGCUGUGUGUGGAGGUCUCGCAAGAAGAGGGAUACAGCCCCUGUUUCUUCACCAUCACCAGAGUACCACGCGCCCAUCCAUGUGCAUGAUCCUGUUGUAAUAUAUUCACCAGGCCACCCCCUUCAACCUCGGCCUACGGCACCAGUUGUAGAGGAAGGUUCUGCUGCCCCUGUAGAGAGUGCAGAUGGGCAAUCGGGGCAGCAGUCUCUCCCUUCAUCUCAACCCUUGGACAACAAUGUCCCACUUUCUUACAAUGAAGUUAUUGGCAGCGGUCCUGAGCCUCUCUAUACAUACCCUUCUGCUGCUCCUUCUGGGGCCUCAGCUGGAGGAGCGGGAGGAGGAGGGGCCGACCCUGACCCUAGUGCCCCACCAGACCCUGGGAUUCAGUACCAGCCCCAGGGGUGGGGUGGAAGUAUGGGAGACUUCCUCACCAGUUCUCCUCUGAACAUGGACACCAACACCGCCACCAGUACCUACAAUUCAGACAAACUCAACUUUUGAAAAAAGCAUUCAUGAAAAAGUUCAAGAAAAGUUUAUAUUUUAUACUUUACACUUUAUCUUACACUUUCUUUUCCAGAACUACUUACAGUGCAGUAGAGAUGCAUAAGGACAUGUAGUACAGGCGUGUCUAGCAUUGGCCAGCGGCAAGCAUAACACUGCUCAGACCAUAAUAAGUUCUGUCUCAUUCCUAUGGUAACACAAACGGUUUGCCUUAACUGAAAAUUGAAUAAGCACGCGUUGCGCUAUGAAAGUUGAAACAAGUUCAAAGCUCAGCUUGUUCAACGCUAGCGUUACGCCAGCGUUGCCACAGUUCCAUUGCCGAACCAUAGAGAACAACAGGAAACCUGCAGCUUGUCGCUGGCUAAUGUGAUCCAUAGAGAACAAUAGGAAACCUGCCGCUUGCCGCUGGCUAAUGUGAUCCCUUGUGAGUCCUUGAAGUAAUAUCCUACCUCACAAAUCAUGACACAAUCUGCAAAGACUCACGGACAUGUCAGUGCCCACGGUUUGUUCUCCUGCUGCUGUAGUCAUCAGGUUCUCUUCUAGACAUCUUCAGUCAUGAGACUUAACAUUGACUUUAAAUGCCAAGUUAGGACAUUUGAUGAGAAUACUGGUGAACACCUACAGUAUACUACAGUUACAGCUAACUUUAACCCUAACACAUCAGGAACAGAUCAAAUCAAUAGAAUGGGGAUUUUAAUUACUAAGUAUUAAGUAUUUUAAGUAUUAAUGUUAUUGUAGUAUUAAGUAUUAUUUUUAAUUGUAGUGAUCUUAUUUGUAAUUGUACUUUAAAAUCUGAUCAAUGUAAUAGUUAAAAACUGUUUUCUCAGAUUGCUCAACUUACCCCUAAUGUCGGGCAAGUUAAACUUAAAAAAGUUUUGUUGUCUAUUCAGACUCAAAGAUAACAAACAUGCUGAAGUUCUGUUAAAUGCACAUAUCACAAGUUAUGCCUUACUUUUGUUCCAGUGUAUACUGUACAGUAUUCUCUUUAGCCAUAGGACAACUCAGGUAAAAAAAGAGACUCAACUUAACCUUUAUGUAUUUGGGGAAAAAUGCUUUCAAGGUGGAGCCCUAGAGCCCAUUUUAUCGGUAUAAAUAAGUGUCUUCUUAUUUUGGGAUUUUGAAACAGUCGCACCACUUUCCUGCCGUGAAGCCCGUAUUUCAGCUGAAGUAGCGUGAGUGUUUUCCUACUGUAUGCAUCCCAACCAAUUUUCCUGGCAGUUGAGUAGAAAUCUUUGUUGGUCUGUCUGACUUAUAGAGUCAAUUUAAAGCAACACCAAAGAGUUUUUUGUACCUUAAAAUAAUGUUUCCAAAAUCGUUUCAAUGGUUCAUCAACUUGUAACAGGGUGAACGGCACUUCUGCAUUCGC